GUGUGAGCGAGGAGCAAAAUCCUGUGAUUAGAAAAAGAAGGCCGAUCCUCCUCCCAGGCCUAGCUAGAUUGUAAACGAACUGCUGUGCUUUUUUAUUUAUUAUUUUAAGAUGAUUUUACGAAAAGCAAGGUAAAAUGAAUAGACAAGGAUCAAUGGCAAGCAUGGAAAGGCUUGCUAAAGCUUUCGAAGCUAUUAAGGGGCAUCUAAAUCAAGGUUCGAUAUCGGAAGAGGCGGCUACUCCAGCUCCUCUGGCAGUGACAAAUUCUAAGAAGAAGGACCUCAGUCUGAACAAAAAGGACAGGAUUGCCCAUUGUACAACCAUAGCAGAUGGUAUUUCACUGCAAACAUUUCGGGGCAUCAGUGAUUUCCCCAAGUUCCUUAGCAUAGCAUUUGAGCUAUUUCUUGCACUGUGUAAUGAUGAAGAAGCUGAUGUGAGGAUGAAGGCAGACGAAUCCCUCAACAAAGUUAUCAAGGUUCUAAUGGAGAAUCAUGUAGGCAGGAUACAAAUUGAAUUGUAUAAAGAAAUAAAAAAGAAUGGUUCCAGUAGAUCUCUGCGUGCAGCCAUGUGGCGCUUUGCAGAGAUGGCGCAUUUUAUCCGGCCUCAGAAGUGUAGGCCAUAUGUGGUAAACCUGCUGCCGUGCAUUGGACGUAUUUCUCGUCGAGAAGAAGAAUCUGUUCAAGAAACUCUAGCAAGUUUCAUGCAUAAGAUUCUUCCUGUUCUAGGCUGUUUCCUCACUGAUAAUGAAGUCAAGGAUCUGAUGAAAGUAUUUUACCCAAACCUACACAAGGCAUCUGCUGCCACCAGGAGGACUGCCGCUGCGUGCUUGAUGCUUAUUUGCCAGCAUGGAAGGCGGCCCUCGCUAUAUUUCUCUAUGCUUAUCCAAGUUUUAUUGAAGUUUGUAAUUCCGGUGAAAGAACAGGGUGUGCAUAUGCUGCUGGGAGUCCUUCUGACCCUUCGGCAUAUUAUCCCACAUUUGGACGGCAAGGAAGACCGCGAUGAAAGUAUAAAAGGAAGUUUCGGCAAAGUGAAGUUGGAAGAAGAGAAGCAUGUAUCGAUUCAUCAACUCGUACAGAUUUAUGAAUUUCUGUUGUAUUGUACCAAACACACGGAUCACAACGUCAUCACAGCAACUCUGGAAACAUUAUUACAGCUUCUACGUUUUCUGCCUCCUGAACUACUUACAGUACUGUGUACUAAAAACGGUAUCAUAAAGAAAACCAUUUUUGAAGACAAGGGAAUUGCAACACCAGAUGAGCUGGAAGAACAAGAAUCAGCAGGAGGAGUUAGCCUUAUACAUGAGGCUUCACUAGAUGACACAGUUGAACCUACUACUCUGCAGUCAACACCAAGUUCCCUUCGUACCAACAUUUUAUCGCCCAUAAGCAUCGACAGUGGCCUCAGUCUGUUGCCGGGAACCCCAUCCAGUGGGUCCAUACCCAGCAGCCCUGUAUUAGAUCGGGAGUCGGAUUCAACGUCGUUUACAUACGACUCUGACGUAGUCAUCAAUCAAGUAGAAGACGAAUAUUCAAAUAUGGUCAUUGGUGAUUUAGACGAUGAAGCGGCUCCAAGUGAGGACGGGAUUGAUGACCUAAUGGAGCGAUUUCAGCAGGUAACAGUGGAAGACAAGGAUGAUAGCAGUGAAUUGGAGAGAACAGGAAGUUUAGAGGGGUUACUGCAUACCACAGAAGUAGAUGAUGUUGAGGAAGCAGAAGAACCAGGAGCAGUAGUUACAUCAGAGAGAAGAGCUGGAGACAUUGGUGAUUAUAUUGAUGAUGAAAUUCCGUUGCUGCACUGUGUGCGUCUCCUGGCAUCAUCCUUCCUUCUGACGGGCUACAAAGGUGGCUUGGUGUCGGAUCGUGAGUCCAGGAUAAGUGUGAAGGCUCUGAGUGUUGGAUGUGUGGCUGCAAUUCUGAAGAUUCACCCAACUCUCUUUUUUAUUAAGCUAUUCAAGAAAUCAGAAGGCAAAGAAGGAGAACAAGUGCUUCGGGAUGUAGCUCUCUUUGUUAAUCAUUCGGAUCCCCAGCUGAAAUCUCAAACCACCCAACUCCUAGGAUGUAUGAUUAACAGCGCCCUCUUGAAAUCUGGUGGUAACUUUGAUUCCUGGAGCUGUCAGCAGUGCUGUUUGUAUCAGACAGAACCUGUAUAUCUGGAGAAUCUUCUAAAUGCGAUAUCAAAUGUUCUGAAGGACGAAUCAUCUGUUGCAGUUAGAGGAUCUUGUCAGGCAGUCAAGUGUUUUCUGCCAACUAUGUGCAAUAGCUCUCAUGGACUUUCAACCCUGACCCUAACCCUUGACCUUUUACCUGUUGGUGAAAACAGUUACUGGCUUGUUUUGGUUGAACUUUUUGAUCUUAUCACUUGCCUAGAUUUUAGGAAAUUCCAUUUUCUGGAAAUGGUGUAUGGAGAAUCAGUCAACAGAAGUUAUAAAUUUAAGCCCCUGGAUCUGCAAUCUCAAUUUCUUGAAGUUCUUUUGAAUCAUCUGAGUAACGAGGAUCAUCGAGUCAGGUUGUCCAGCUCUAAUGCCCUCGUCAAAUUGAUACCAAAGCUGUACUUUGCAAUUGAUUUCCCCGACCCCGAUUCAAUCAGUGUCCUUGCUCGUGACCUAAACAGCGAAUACCUUGACCCUGUGAUAAACGAAGCAGCUGUGUACGUACGUGCACCAACUAUCGCGAUGCACGAUAUUCCAAUCUAUAACCGUGGCCCAACCCCUCAUUCAUCGGGCAUUGAGUCAAACCUCUCAAGAGUUGUCGAUUCCAUAAUGAGCCUAAUGAAUAAUUCAUCAUCAAAGAAUUUAACAUUUGGUUGUAUCGAAGCACUCCAGAACCUUUCAGUUAAUUAUCCUGUCCUUUACUACGCUGGAGCUUGGAAUUGUGGAAGCAUAUCCAGUCUCCCAAAAGGUGACAGCUCAAAGCAGAAAGACCGUGGUGGUGGACGUUCUUGGAGUGACAGUCUGGGAAAGAGUCUAGACAUUGAAAGGCUGAAUAUGAGUGCAGGCUGUGGACCAUUACCCAUAAUUCUUUCAAACCUGACCUCCUCCCUGCUGAUGCUAGAUCUCAGAGCUCACCAAGAUGUGAUGCUAUUAGCUGGCAACAUACUUUCAGGUGCUGCAUUUCACUGCCUGAAGGCCGCACCAUCAAAGGCAAAGACCCCAUCCUCCAAGGAGCAUACAAGCUGGCCUAGCCUACAGAAUAGGCUCUUGGUUCCCCUAGCAGACCAACUGUUACAGCACAUUGUAAGAAUAUUGAAUAUAUGCAGCCACAUUGUUGAUGGCACACAACCAGGACCCCCAAAAUCACAGACUGCCCUACCAACACUACCAUCAGGGCCUUCACUAAGCCCAAUUAGGCGCAAAGCCAAAGGAAAGGACAAAGACAAGGAGAAGGAGGGCCUAGACCAAGGUACCCCAUCGUCUAGCCCAGCUAAGCUUCAAGGCAAGGAAGUGAAGGCGGAGAAGGCUGAGAGCACUGAAGAUAAGAAGAACCUGAAGGUGUUGUUUGGUUCUUGCUAUCAGUUACCUCAUUACAUGAAGCUUUAUGAUAUACUCAAAGGGGCCUACAAUGGUUACAGAGUUUCAUUGGAACUACGGAAGCGUGAGAAGUUUUGUUCAUUACUCAAGACAUGCUUGGAUACAUUCUCACAACUAUUAGAAAUGGCUUCACUACAUGAAGUUGGCAAGGGAGGAAAGGGCUGUUACGCUCUCUGGGAUUUUGAAGCUGACUCAUCCUGGUUGUUCAAGUACACGGAAGAACUUUUAGGUUAUCUCAAGGCAGCUACAUCGCUUGAACCCACUGCGACAAUACUUUGUGUUGAACAGUUACUCAAGGCACUGUUCUCCACCAACUUGAUUAGUCAGCCAGACCCUGUCUUCCAACAGUUAGCGAAAAAGCCCAGCAAGGCAGCACGACUGACGUCAAAUCUUAAGCCAGGCCUGUAUCAAGAUUGCUUCACUGUGCCCUACACCCAGUACUCACAAUUCUUGUCUGCUGUCAAUCAGAAAUCAGAGCAAAUAGAUACAGAUGCUGAUGGUUCUGGGUGGUUUGGGUGGGUCAAAUCAAAAGUUGGAGAUAAGAAACAACAAGCAUUGAAAUCCAACUCAAAAGAGAAGACAUCUCUACAUGGAUAUAUUCGCCUCUUUGAGCCUCUAGUGAUAAAGGCAUUGAAGCAGUAUACCAUGACGAGCUGCCUAGGCCUACAACAACAAGUGCUUCACCUACUGGCCCAGCUUGUCCAGCUUAGAGUCAACUACUGCCUCUUGGAUGCUGACCAGAUUUUCAUAAACUUUGUCAUCAAACAGUUUGAACAUUUGGAAGAAGGCCAAAUCAAAGAUUAUGAGACACUGAUACCUCACAUCUUCUACUUCCUGGUUCUUCUGUCGUAUGAACGUUACCAUACUACAGGUAUACAGCGCUGGCUGGCCAUGGUCUUGGCUAUCUUGAACAUACUCAUUUCACAAUCCAAGGAAGAGGUGGUAUUGUCACGCCUCAAUGAUCUUGGUCUAAAUGUCAAUCUCGUUGCUGAGCAACCGACAACCGAAUUCCAAGAGGCAGAACAUCCCAGACGGCUUAUAGGAGGCCAACCAGCUGUUGCAGCUGAUAUUAGUUUUGCACGGUUUCUGCUGCAAGUUGUUGGCAUCACUGCUGGGCGUGUCCUCCAGGAGUCUACUAAGUCAACAGUUAAGGAUUAUCAUUUUCUUUGUCAGCAACUUUCGCAUCUCCUUCUCUACAUAACACACAUGUUUAAGUCUGGUUCUUAUCGCAAGAUCUGUUCCGCCUGUGUAGCUUGUAUUCACUCAGAAACAACUGAAGGAUUCUCUUUGAACCAUCUCAACAACAUCUUCUUAAGUCUUGUGAUGUUUCAUCCAACCAUAGUGCUUCAGUGGUGCCAAGUGCUCCUUCUGCUCAACUACAGCGAACCUGAAUGGUGGGCAGACAUCUUGAAAACCAAGCGUCGUCAGCCGUUGUCCAAGUCAUUGUCUUCUGGGAGCAUGGACAACAUGGAUCUGGAUCUCCAGAAAGCUCACUGCCACUCAGAGAUUGUCCGCAGAGGUGGACUGGUACUCUACUGCGAUUAUGUGUGUGAAAACCAAGAGGAUGCUGAGCCCAUGACGUGGCUUAUUGUCAACCAUGUCAAUGACAUCAUUGAGCUAUCCCAUGAGCCUCCAGUUCAAGAUUUCAUUAGUGCUAUUCAUCGGAAUUCAGCCGGCAGCGGUCUUUUUCUCCAAGCUAUUCAGUUGAAGUUUAAACAUCAAAACAAUCCGUACCUCAUCAAGAAAACCUUGCAAUCCAUAGAAGCCAUACACCUAACCCAGUCAGGCCGGCUGUUGGCGCUACUCAUAGACAAAUUUCUUCGCACACACCAUAAGUCUGUUACUCGGUUAUGUGACACCAUUGCCUGCCAAAGGGUGGAGAUGUUGCUUGCAGAGGGCAUUGACCUCAGUCAGAGUCAACUGCCGUUAGAAGAGCUAAAUAAACUGCAAGAGCUCAUGAAGAAAACAAAGCUAACGCAACGCCAUUCAAGAUUGACUUCCCUGAUGUCAAAGUUGAAGAGCAGAUUACUCAACGAGCCCACUCAGGCAGCUGCUAUUCAAACCAUUGAUGUUUCCAUAGUAGCAAAAACAAUUCCAAAUAAGGAAUGGUUUGUAUCUCUACUGUGCGAGUGCACUAGUACAGCGUCGUCUGCUACACCUACUCAUGUUAGUGCGUCGUCUGCUCCAUCAGCUCAUGUUUGUGCCCACCUCCUUGCCAAUCUCCAGCAACAAGACAUUCUAGCAAUUAUGAUGAGAGAGGAUUUUGACAACUCUAUAUUACCAGCUUGUAUCUCCCUCGGUUUGGAACGAACGCAGAAUCAAAUGACGGAAGCAAUUUUAACUCAGAAGACCUCUCCCUCUGGUGGCAGUCCCAGCAGUAUUGACCAUCACCCUCUCCUACAAGCAGCCCAGGUCACGUUAUUCAUGCAUGUUCACAAUUUGGUGGCGCUACUCCCUAGCCCGCAUCAACAGGUAUCUUGGCAGCCCCAAUCAGAUGCUCAGACAGACUAUCAGACGAAAACGGAGUUCGUGUACCGUGACUCGAGCUGGUUAGGCCGGCUUGGUAAUCUCUCUGCGGCGAUGGUGCAAUCGCUUGCCUCGUUUAAGGAACUCAAUGUACAAGUACAGCCGGAUGUGACUAAGGAUGUAUGUCGCUUUGUUGUCACAUCAUUGGAGGUUGUAUGUUACAGGUUUCUAGUUUGCAAUUCUCUGCCGCCCUCACAGUUAAUCCAGUGUGCUCUUGAAUCAUUAGCUUUGACGCUCCAGAUGGUGUCAUUAUUUGCUGAGUUCAGUAUGGAUGAGAAUAGCUCAUGGGUUCAUUCUUCUGUAGAAUGUGUGUUUAGGAUCUUUACUCUAGCCAAAGGAAAUCAACUAGAAUGCAUUCCAAAUAUCAAAAUGUCAGAGUUCACAGAGGAUUUCAAACCAACAUUGAACAUGUGCAAUAUGAUUGCUUACCUCGUUGGUCAGCUCCAAGUAAACACCAAAGGAGAUGGUUUUUGCAACGUACCCCAAUUCUUGAGAGAACCUCUCAAGAACGUGGUAAUCGGCUUAGCACGAUGCCCCCUGGUAAGCAGCUUUGCACAGACACCUCCUCUUGUGUGGAAGAUGGGCUGGGUACCAAGCCAGCUACAGAGGGGCGACACCAAACUGCCGGCAUUACCUGCCGAGUACCUUCACGAGAAGGAUGUACUUCGGGAAUUCAUUUUUCGAGUGAACUCGAUUGGUUGGACUACACGGCAGGAGUUUGAAGAGACGUGGGCUGGUCUUCUAGGUGUGCUCAGUCGGCCAGACAUGGUGGAAGAAAUUGCUACAGAAGAAGAAAUUGAGCGCAAUCAAGGUGCAUGCCUAGCUGUCAAGAACAUAACAGCACUCCUCACAAAUAGUUUACGGCGCCCUCAACCUGGAAACCCUGCCAACAGUACGCACAGACACAUUCCACGCAAUGCUGAGCUCAAACUCUUCUCAACCUCUCGUGGAAAGAAGCUGCUCAUCCUCCGGAACAUCAUAGAGCAGGAGGUUAAGAUGAUGAAAACUGUUGAAGGCGGUUUGAAAAAUGGUCUUCGUGGUGAGCGUAGCAAUGACCCCAAUUUCAAACCAACAUUGAACAUGUGCAAUAUGAUUGCUUACCUCGUGGGUCAGCUCCAAGUAAACACCAAAGGAGAUGGUUUUUGCAACGUACCCCAAUUCUUGAGAGAACCUCUCAAGAACGUGGUAAUUGGCUUAGCACGAUGCCCCCUGGUAAGCAGCUUUGCACAGACACCUCCUCUUGUGUGGAAGAUGGGCUGGGUACCAAGCCAGCUACAGAGGGGCGACACCAAACUGCCGGCAUUACCUGCUGAGUACCUUCACGAGAAGGAUGUACUUCGGGAAUUCAUUUUUCGAGUGAACUCGAUUGGUUGGACUACACGGCAGGAGUUUGAAGAGACGUGGGCUGGUCUUCUAGGUGUGCUCAGUCGGCCAGACAUGGUGGAAGAAAUUGCUACAGAAGAAGAAAUUGAGCGCAAUCAAGGUGCAUGCCUAGCUGUUAAGAACAUAACAGCACUCCUCACAAAUAGUUUACGGCGCCCUCAACCUGGAAACCCUGCCAACAGUACGCACAGACACAUUCCACGCAAUGCUGAGCUCAAACUCUUCUCAACCUCUCGUGGAAAGAAGCUGCUCAUCCUCCGGAACAUCAUAGAGCAGGAGGUUAAGAUGAUGAAAACUGUUGAAGGCGGUUUGAAAAAUGGUCUUCGUGGUGAGCGUAGCAAUGACCCCAGUGACCUUUAUAAUGAGAACCCUGAGCGAGAAGAAACAAGAGGCAUCUUUGGCUUGGGUCAGAUUUCUGUUCAUGGAUUCUGGGCUCUGAAUGACCUUCAACCGAAAUUCUUAGAUGAGGAAGGUCAUCCAGAGGGUGGACAAUCAGUUAAUAGAACAUCUGGUUCCCCAAUGAAAUUGCCAGGAAAUUUAGAUGUGCAUUCCUGUUUAAUGUUCCUGCUGGAGCUGUUCGGUCAGUGGUUGUCGCCCAACGCCAAUCCACGAACACCCCUUAUGUUGCUCUGUGAAACUGUUAAAUCUGUGUUAGCUAUUUCUGAUGUGUUUACGGAGCGUGCUCAGUUUGAAUGGAUGUUUGAUACGUUACUAGAACUACAGAAGAAUCAUCCGGUUGAGGAUGAACUCGUUACACAGUAUGUGAUUUCAGGAAUAUGCAAAGCAGCUGCCAUAUUAGGAAUGGAGAAAGACAUUUCUGAGAAGGUGUGUAAACUGAUCGAGGUUACGUUGAAGAGUCCGCACUUACCAAGCAGGAUUGGCGCACUCUACGGUGUCUUAUACUUGCUGGAGUCUGAAGCUAUUGAAGAUAUUGAUAUUUUUGUACCAGUAGCUGAAGAAUACCUCACAAAACACCUGUGUAUUCUGUCAAGUCCCAAUACCAUUACAAGUGAUCACCACACACUGGUCAUGUUGGCUACAGCAUUCUAUAUCAUCCAGUAUUUCAAUGAAGACCUUGGCAGUUCAGAAUUCAUCAAGAAAGUUAUCCAGACCUGUGUUUCACUAGCCUCCAUGAAUGAGGAUACGACCUCUCCUGCAGUCUACCAAUGCAUCAUGAAGGGCCUCGAGAGGCUGCUUAUAUCGCAAAUCCCAAGCUCGCACAUAGCAGAUAUUUUAGUGAAAUUGAGUAUGGAAAGGCUCUGUAUACUUUCCCCUCAUUAUUCAAUACCUGCCCUCGGACUAUUGUUAACUUGUCUGUAUACUGGAGAAGAUAAUCACCAACCAACUGAUGAAUCAACUGGCCAAUUAGAGCUCCAGGAUCCUGAGAAGCUUCUAACAGCUAUGGAACGGGUUACAGUACUUUUUGAUAGGAUAAGGAAAGGAUAUCCAUGUGAAGCGCGAAUUAUCGCAAAAGUCAUCCCAGCAUUCUUGCAUGAUUUCUUUCCACCGCAAGAUAUAAUGAACAAGGUGAUUGGAGAGUUUUUAUCCAAUCAGCAGCCUCAUCCCCAACUCAUUGCCAUGGUAGUAUUUAAGGUGUUUGAGAAUUUGCAUCGGAAAGACCAGGUG